GAUGGACCUUCUCCUUUUCUCAACAGUCGCCAGUGCGUCAGGUGCAUGCUCGGACGACACAAAUCACUGAACAGGAAGCUUGCCAUUGGCACUCUUAUCCAUUGUUUUGCCAAUGGAAUCGACUGACUGAAUGGGUAGAGUGAAGUGGGGCUGCGUUAGUCGCAUCUGCACUGCGCUGUGCUGUCGCAGUUGAGGGCGCUGUGAUGGCUGCGACAAUCCAAACCAUAGAUAGGGGUGGUUAACCUCUGGGACAAUAACCCAAAAUAAAACCGUAGCUGUAGAAAAAUAAAAGAAACAAUAUUGUGGCUUCAUUUUUGAAAAACACCAGUUGGUCGCACGCCCUCAGAAGCAGCCUUCUUUGCUAGGUAUUGUCCAGCCAGAACUGGAUUGAAACCACACCAUCAACCCCCAGGUCGACGAGUGGUCACAGCACAGCGAGCGGCCCCAAAACUCGCAGCAACGCUCUUCGGGUGCCAAGCGACCUUUUCAAUUCCCAACUUCAGUCAGCGACAGUUGCGACUUGAUAUCGGCAGCAGGAGCUUGUGCAGCGGACCAUGACAGACACGCUGCACAAUGGCCAUGACAUCCUCUGCGACCCGCUCCAAACGAGCCGAGGGUCUCCAUGCCACCAUCUCGCACCCCAAGUUGCUCUCCAGCAGCAGCGCUGACUAUCGCCGCCCUGUCGCGACCGCCAUGCCGAAGCAGAACAGCAAACAAUUCCCGCUCAGCCCGACUCGCGCCUAUGGAAAGCGACAUCUCGACCUCUCGUCUGGCAAUUGCGAUGCCGUCAUACCAAAGAAGGCCAGGAUUGCCGUAGAGAUCCCGGCGAGGCCCUCGUCGUACCACGCCCGAGUUGCGAAAGAAUCGGCCGACGCGCCACCAUUACCGCUGCCCACCAAACCCACUGUCGCGGCGGCGGCACCACCACCACCACAACCCCGAUCUGCGAUACCGACACGAGCCCCGCCGGCGCAACCCGCGACAGCAAACAAUGCCGAGAAACACCCUACUAGCCUCACAAAACAUCAGGAAAAGGUCGUCAAUGGGCUCAAGCAUGAGCUCAGCAGACUGCAGCCGAACACGGAGGACACAACGAGCACCACCCAAAGCCAGGGUCGCAAGUUGAGGUCACAAGAAGCUACUCGUUUCAAGAGUGAGCUCUCUGCUUAUUUCCCCGAGUACGAUGAGGUCAUUGGCAACGACCCGAAAAAAGAGUACUCGUUGAAUCUCGAGACUCCAGUCGCCGUAGUAUCCGAUACCGCACCUACCCCCUCUGCCUGGGCUUCCAAACCUCCAACCUUCCCAGUCGAGAGCUGGGGCGAUAAGUUGUACACCGACCUCCACGACUGCCAGCGAAUUGACUUUGCAUUCCUCGCAAAGCAAUCCAAGCCACUUGAUCCCUCACAGUACCAAGCAGACCCCUUGCCCGAUAGUUCUUACGAACCAAUCCAUAAAAAAGAAGAAAAGCAAGAGCGCUCGGUACGAAAUACCGAAAAGAUUCGUGCCCAACAUGAACGAGACCAAGUCAUCCGCCUCCUGGACGGCCUCCAAGGCCCAGACUGGCUCAGAAUCAUGGGUGUGAGCGGCAUCACCGAAUCCAAAAAGAAAACCUUCGAGCCUGCGAGAGAGUAUUUUGUCAAGGGUUGCGAAUCCAUCCUGGAUAAGUUCCGGCGAUGGACGGCGGAGGAGAAGAGAAGGAAGCGGGAGAAGGAAAGGAAAGCGAAAUACCUGGCCGACAGGGAGACUGCCACGAGUGAGGAGAAGGAUCUUGAGCCCUCUGCUCGGUCCAGCCGUGCCACGUCCACAAGUCAUGAGGAGAAGCAUACGAAGAAGAAGAGGAAGAGAGAAGUGGUGGUUCCGGAUAGUGAGGAUGAGGCUAUGGGUGAUGAUGAGCUGGAUGGUGAACCACCAGAUGAUGUUGAGGAGAGUGACGUUGAUGCUUCUGUCGCUAAACAGCUUCGAGAAGAGGCUCUUGCGGCGGCUGCUAAGAAGUCGUCUUUGAAGUCGAAGCCGCCACCGAAGAAACGGGUUCGUCCUUCGAAGCCACCACCGCCGCCACCACCACCACCACCACACCAAGCUAAGAAGGCACCGACGGUUGAGCCUUUUCCUGCCCCGCCACAGCAGGAGAGGGAGUUUACGUCUUUCUUUGCGAAGAAACAUCAGCGUGAUGCUGCUCUCAAUCCAAACCGUCGCCGAAUUAGUACCAGAAGGAACCCAGUUCUUGCUUGGGGCGUGGCCGUUCCCGAGGUUGCAGAGGCCGAUUUUAGUCUCUCGGAAGAGAUCAGGGAUGAGGUGAUGGGGUCGAGGAACAGUGCUCCUGCUGCUACGACUACCAACGAUGCUGCCGCCGCUGUUAAACCUACCAGGGGCCGUCCUGCGAGGGGGAAGAAGAAGCCUUAGUUGCCUCAUUUUUGUCGAAGCAGAGAGAUGAACAUCAUGCCCGUCAUCACACUUUGCAACAUUACCACAUUGUUCCUCGCCACAUGCUUACGCGAGUAUAUAUUUGUACAUUAUCAAACUACCAUCACCCCCGCAUUGAUAGGGGACUUGUAGUUAUUCAAAGGAUACAAAGGG